GUGAUUUUGAUUAUUUCCAAGAUAAACUUCGGCUUAUUAUAUCUAUGAACUGUGAAAUUCCAAGUGGUUGAAAAACAAAAAUAACCGUCUUUAUUUGGCCAUCUACUUGUGUUUUUGAUACCGUCUAAGUAAAGCUGAAAAGUACAUUGUAUUUGAAACAAAGCAAUUGAAAUGGCAACUAAUCCAGGCCCUACGGCUCCUCAAUCUUCUGCGCCAGAUGAUUUACCUCCGCCCUAUUCAGCGGUCGUGGGAAAUCCCCCGUACGGCUUCGUUAUGCCAUCAAAUGAAGCAUAUUCUGGACCAGCGGCACCUUACCCUCAACCAAAACAAUUCACCGCACCAGGAGUGUAUCCUCACCCACCAACUGUAGUAACGACAGUGACGACAUCUCAACCACAGGCGGGGUCCAUUCCACCCCCUCCGCCAGGAAUGCCUGUUAAUAUACUGGUACCGCCGGCUGUGGGCACAGAGCCAACUACCAUCAAUUGUUUCAACUGUGGCAAAGUAGUGACUACGAGAGUAGUGUACACAACAGCAUGGCACACACAUCUUGUAGCUGGAUCUAUCUGUGUGAUCACCAUGGUUUGUUCGCUGUGUUGCUUGGGCCUAGUACCAUACUGCUUUGACACCUUCAAAGAUGCUGAGCACUACUGCCCCAACUGCAAUACUUUUAUUGGAAAGAGCAAUAAAUGUUGAAGAGGUACAAUUUCUGGCAGCUAUACUUAGAGAUGAGCGAGUCAUGAAGAUUAUUAAGUAUCUGAGGAGGUAUCAAAUUAUAAUAUAUUUAUUUUCAUUGUUUACCACUAAUGUAAAUUGGGUUGCAAGCUUUGUCAAAUAAGUAGAAACUAUUUAAUAUGUGGGUUGUUACCUGCUUUCACAAGUAAAAAUAUUUGAUUUUGAUUUUGUUCCCUAGCUUGGUGGAUCACCUACCUACCACUGGCAGACGAUAUAGGAAACAGCCAAUAGUUUUACUUUUUAAAUAUAUGUAGAUAGUGCUAAUUAUCAACACCUACACAGCUCAUCAUUUGUGUCAGAAAUAUUAUCAGUGGUCUAAUUGUAAUAUUGUUUUCUAAGUAAUUUAGACUCCCACUUCAAAUUUUUUUUUCCAAUAAUUUUUAUGAAUAUUAAUACCCACUACUCAGCUCAUCUCUAGCUUUAAUAUACUGUAAAUGAUAGUUUGGUAUUGUUAUGCAUAUAUGACACAUUAAAGAUGUUAGUCUGCAAAAUUUCAUAAUCUAAAAAUUAGUAUUGAAUAUUAGCAGAGUAAAUCUUUCCACUUCCACCUACUAACUGUGAAUUAUUGUUAAUAUAAGAAUUAUCCAAGAGCAAAAUUAAAAUUAUAAAAUGUUUAUAUUAAAGAAAACCCUUUGUAAACUAGCAUACAAAACAAACACACGUGAAAACCUGAAAACUAGCAGAUUUGUGCUUGAUAUUAUGAUUUACUCUGUAAAGGUCCUUUGACUAGCAAGUUAUUUUUUAUUUGUACUCAAGUAUUUUUUUGCUUGAGGCAAUUCUAAGGUUCUAACAAAAAACCUUAUUUUUCUUGUUAUUUAUAUGGUAUAGCCCCUUUUUCAUAACAUCCAUUUGGUGUCACAAACAUAGAUUUAGCUAGGCCCUGAGAAUUGUAUAUAUUUUGCAUACCAAAUUGCCUAGCUUA